UCUCUUUUGUGGAGAAGAGUAAACCUUCAAAGUUUUCAUGAUCCAGCAUAAACGACACACAGGGAAAGAAAAAAAAGUGGUUUCUUCUUGAAUUUUCUUCUGGGUGUGGUUUCUUUCUACUUUCUCGGUGGGGGGUUGGAUUAAUGGUGAAGUAAAUAAACAUUGGGCAUGUGAAUCAACUGGUAAUAAUGAGUAUGGCAAGCUAAUACUCUGUUAUGAAGCAUCAAGGUAGAAUAUCUUAUCCAAGCUCUAACGAAAACCUCCUUUUUGAAAAGACUGACUAUAUGGGCGGAACGUUCGCUCUGUAUUCAUUGCUUUGCAGGCACAUGGAUGUUGCAAUUCUUUCCGCAAAACGCGGUGGCUCAAGCUCAAGCAUUUCCAGCUCCAUGAACACAGGGAACAAAACCACCCUUGCCAGAUUUUUAGAAGGAAGCAUCGUUGCAAGGAGGCUGCUGCUUUUCGCUUCCAUGUUGGGCAUGUGCAUGCUAAUCGGUGAUAGCAUACUUACGCCUGCAAUGUCAGUCUUAUCUGCCAUUGAGGGAAUAAGAGCACCCUUUCCUGCUGUGAGUGAAUGUAAGUAUUAAUGCAGAUUGUUUCACCUUGUAUAUGAGCUAAAAUCCAAAAGGAAACUCGUGUUAAUGUGAUGCAUUCUUCCCAUC